AGAAGUCCAGAACGGAAGCAGCAGCAGCAGCAGCAUGGCCGCCGCCCCCCUCCCCCCUCCCAUCGCCGCCGCCGCCGCCCUCCCGCACUAGCUACCCCUCCCCCGCCGCCACUAGAUCCGUCCCCUUCCUCUCCCGGCCGCUCCCUCCGGCUUCAGCGUUGCUCCUCCGGGCAGGGUCCGGCGGUCUUGAUCCUGCCGCGGGGGCGCCUUCCUCGUCUGUCGCGGGUCUCGUUGUUGCUCCAUGUCGGCGGGCGACGGCGCGGCGGUGUCGGCCGUCGAGGGGAAGCUCGCGGAGCUCUCCACCAGCUGCGACCUCAGGACGCUCCCCAAGAGGGGCAAGUCUGCAUCAGCAAGGACAUUGAACACUGCCCAGAUUCAGCUUGUCGCAAGCCAUCCGGAAGUUUAUGAACCAUGUGAUGAUUCAUUUGCCCUUGUUGAUGCGCUGCUCUCUGACAAGGCUCAACUUCUGACGCUACAGCCGAGUUUAUGCAUGGAGGUGGGAUGUGGCAGUGGUUAUGUCAUCACUUCUCUAGCCAUCAUGCUCAGGCAAUUAGGCUCUGGAACCCAGUACCUAGCAACAGACAUCAACCAACAUGCCGUGGAGACAACUCAAGCAACACUUGAAGCCCAUGGUGUUCAUGCAGAUGUUAUUGCUACAGAUAUUGUGUCAGGUCUUGAGAAACGUCUGGCUGGUAUGGUUGAUGUGGUGGUUGUGAACCCUCCUUAUGUGCCUACACCCGAGGAAGAAAUCGGGAUGAAGGGCAUUGCUUCAUCUUGGGCUGGAGGGUUGAAUGGGCGCCAAGUGAUCGACCGGAUUCUUCCUGCUGUGCGCGAGCUGCUGUCAGAAAAAGGAUGUCUCUACAUGAUUGCCCUUGAAGAUAAUGAUCCUUUGGGCAUAUGCCAUUUGAUGAACGAGAAGGGGUUCGCAUCGCGUGUUCUGCUGAAGAGGUGCACUGACGAGGAGAGCCUUUAUGUUCUCAAGUUCUGGCAAGAUGCUGCUGCUGGCGCAAAUGCUUCUCAGUCUGGUAGAUCUCCACGCGCCGAGUCGUGGCUUUCACAGUUGCCUUUCAAAUCCUUUUGGCAUAAGAACACUGGCAGUUCUUGACAUCAUCAGUUUGGGCCCUCCCAUCAUGAAAUAUAUCGAAGCAAGGAAACCUUUGCGAAAUUCAUAUGGCGGUAAUGUGUAGAAGUGUCUGAAUGAGGUGUUACUGUCGAGUUCAGACCUGCUAUCCUCUGAGAACACGAACCAGACUGACAUGGUGAACUUAGCCACCAGUGAGCAAUCAAACCAAUCGUAGUCGCAAUAUACCAAACUUUCUCGUGUCGGUAAAACAGCUGUCUUAUUAUGUUGGCAUCAUGCGUGUUAGUGUGUAUAUGUGCUAUAAUGAAUCUAUUGCCUUCCUGAAUGUGACAUACCCUGUUAAAUUG